AUGACUGCGGCUAUGAGACGGCUUCUUGUCGGCGUCCUGUGCGUCUUGUGCGCGGUGUGGGUGGAGGCUCGGAGGUCGCACCGAAAUGGAGGAGGUUUUGCGUCCGAGCGUUUCAUCUUCCGGGAGCAGUGUGCGCUGAAGGAGGAGCCGGGCCUCUGUAAGGCCAUCAAACAACGCUACUACUUCAACAUCGACUCAGGACGGUGUGAGAUGUUCGAGUUCGGAGGCUGUGGAGGAAACGACAACAACUUCGAGAGCAAAGAAGAGUGUGAGGAGACCUGUGUGGUGUCAGAGGAUAAGGACCCGUGCCAGCUCCCUGAGGCCCCGGGGCCCUGCAGAGGUCUGGUGUCACGUUUCCUGUUCGACCCCGAGACCCAGAGCUGCAGACACUUCUUCUACGGAGGCUGUUUCGGAAACGCCAACAACUUUAGAACCAUGGACGAGUGCAGGAGCAGGUGUCAGAACACAGAUAAAAAUGCACAUACUUCAGCAGCUCCCAGACUGGAACAACUGGAAGUCCAGACACGCGCGACAGAAAGACCCGCGCCGGACCCGGAGCCUCACGCAGUCGUGACCGCUGAGACGCCUGUAGCUGGUAAGACAGAAGCACUGGUCCAGGUCCACAAUAAUACCAAAGAACACCACCCCAAAGAAGUGGACUGGUCAGAGGAGUGCCAGCUCAGCGUGGACGCAGGGACCUGUGACGAGGCACACAGGAGGUACUACUUUAACUCUGCCACCAGGAGGUGCCAGAGCUUCAUCUUCUCAGGCUGUGGAGGAAACAACAACAACUUCGUGAGCCGACGACUCUGCUUCAAGAAGUGUGUGCACAGACACAAAGAGAACAGAGGGAUGAUGAUCCGGAUCCGGAGGAAAAACCUGGACAAGUACAGACACAUAUCGGUCUGAUCCUGGUCCUAGUCCUGGUCUGGUCCUGGUCUAGUCCUGGUCUGGUCCUGGUCUGGUCUAGUCCUGGUCUGGUCUGGUCCUGGUUUAGUCCUGGUCCUGGUCCUGGUCUGGUUUCCUCCUGCCCCUCACUGCACUGGACAUGUACAUAGAGCACUGGCUGUGUUAUGUUUUAUUUGAAAUACUUUGUCUUUUUUAUGAUUUGGAUCUUCACUCAGAUGUGGUGUUUUUGGACAGAAGGGUAAAUUUGAGUUCAAAUGAUCAAAUACUGAAUGAGACAAAACAAAAUCACAUAUUUGAAAUGAGGAAAAUUCAGAAUAUGGGGCCUAAAGUUGCACUGCGUAACUUUUCUGGCAUAUUUAAGCGCAUUUAUCUCCAAGGAAACGGGCCAGCAAGUUCCACGUCGGAUCUUUGGAGAAAUCUAAAAACACCUAGACUUAAAGAACUGCUAGACAUACAAUUAAUGCCGUACUGUGGAACAUUCUAGGGGACUUCAUAACAUCUCCAUGGAGACCAGCAAGAGAAAAGUUACACAAUGGAACUUUAAAGGGCCUAUAUUAUGUAUGCUAUUUUCUGAUCUAUGUUAUAAUGUUGUUUCUCGUCACAAACGCACAAAAACUGGAGUUGUGUUUUGGUUCAUCUUCUCUCAAACAGGAAACACUCUGUUCCACCUUGUGAUGUCAUAUGAAAGUGCUCCACUGUGUUUUUAAACUCCAUACAGCUUCAAUAGAAUCAUUUGGAUCAUUUGAGCUUUGGAGUUGACAAUCUCUUCUGAACUAAAAGGGUCUGAUCAAGUGGUAACGGAGGGAAACUUUUUUUUUCUGAAUACUUUAAUAUUACUUCAAAAUGAAAGGAAACUAUUUCUAUAAAAUAUGUCAGUCCUUCCAAGCAAAUUUUUAUCAUUUUAAAUACAUAAAACAAAAUAAAAAAUCAUCAACAGUUCAAAGAUGGAAUAACACAAGAUAUGAUGAAAUACAUCCAUUUAUUGACAUGAUUUGCAGGUCUUUGAAAUUUGGGAAAUAAUUUUUGUUCCAUGUUUCAUACAUGGUCUGUUUAAAAAGUAUGGAACUUUAGAACCAAAAAUGGUACAGAAAAAAGGUCAACAGUUUCAUAAACUAGAGUACAUAUGUAUCUGUUCAAUACAUUUUUAGAUCAGAUGCAUUAACUUGAAUUUUUGGCCUUGUUGUUUACUUCUGCUUGACCGGGCCCAAAUGUAAAAGGAGCUGUUCACUUGAAAACUCUCACUUCAUGACAUCACAAAGUGGAGCAGAGCGUUUGGAGCUUUGGAGAUGUAAACAAACUAAUAAUAAAGAGUUGCUCAAGCAUUUGUGAAUGAAACAAAACACAACUCCAGGUCUGUUUUUGACGAGGGAACAACAUCAUAACACGACCUAAAGAUCACAAAUCCAUUUUGCAUAACAUAGGACUUUUAAAGCUGCAUUGUGUAACUUCUUGCUUGAGGAUCUGCCACAUGUUAAUUUUUGUUUUUUUUUCUCUGUCUGGAAUGUUCCACAGUACGACAUUAAAAAUAUAUCUACCUUACUCAGUUACAGGUGGUUUUAUAGUUCAAAAAUACCUAGAAAAACAGGCAUUGUUUUUUUUAUUUAUAUUUUCUCCUUUCAAGACAAGGCAAAGUUUUAGUUUUAGUUAUUAGCAGCCAGACUGAUAUUUAAUGUCACAUGAACACAAUUUACAAUUACAGUUAUGGCCAGUCCAGAUUCAAAAUACUAUUACUCUUCCUAUUCAAAAUUCUAUGUAAUUCCUGGAGUAUCAAGAGAAAUUAUAAGUUUUUCUUUUUUUUUUUUAUUCUUCUGUAGUACUUCUUUGUGUACUUUAAAUAAGAGACAUGAAUCCAAAACUGCUCAAUUUUAACAUUUAGAUUCAUCUUCUUAUCACUGUUAAUAAUCACCAAGACAUCACAAAAUUCAUGCAUCCAGUUUCUUAUUGAGAAAUAAUUUGGUUUUUGAUGUUUUCAAUGAAUCGUAAUCAUUCUUUUUUGCUACUAUAAAGGCAAAAUUGAUAAUUUGGUAUUGACUUUUUAUUGAAAAUUGAGCAGAUGUGUAACCUAACAAACUGGACAUAAGGAACGGAUUCGAUUUAGUCACUUGGAAACAGCUUCAGUUAUUUGAUUCCAAACUGCAUGAAUCUCUGGGCAGUGUCAUGUGAAGUCAUUUUCACCCCAGCAAAGUUCAAAGGAGUGUGGGUUUGUUUUGUUUGUUUGUUUCAGUUUGGCUGGAGUUACAUAUGCUCUUUGUAAUGUUUUAAGUUGGAUCAGCCUAAGUUUCACUCAUUUGGAGAUUUUUUGUUUCCAUUGUGCAGUAGUUUAAAUGCAAUCUAGAUCCUUUUCCCACUGAGACUGUGUUUUAGUGUUGAGGGUUUCACCUGAACUAUCGAGCAGUUUAUAAAGUCCUGACACUGCUCCUUUAGUUAGAACCAACUGUCUAAAUUUCUUAUCCAGAACAGGCAUUGUGACUGUGAGUCUCUGCAGAUCUGACCUGUAACUUGAUCUGGUUUAAUCUCCAUGAAAAUAUAAAGGUUUAACACCAAACUGUGAAAACAUUGUAGACAAACAACAUCUCCAUGGAAAAAGCUUUUGACGGAGCCUUAGCUAGAGAAGUUACGCAAUGCACCUUUAGUAACCUUUAAGCCGGACGUACACUGUGGGUUUUUUGGCCCUGUUUGAGACGAUUUUUUACUCGUGCCACUGUUUUUGGGAUCGAGUUUUCACUUAAUCAUGUGUCAUGCUUUGUGUAGUUUACAUGAGGUAACUAGAACCAGUUAAUACAGUCAUGUCCAAACUAUGGCCCGUGGGCCAAAUGCAGCCCUCAGACAAAUUUUUCUUGGCCCUCAGGCUUCCAGGUGAAUUGACCCAAAUUACCUUGCAUCAAUUUAAAAAAAAAAAUUUUUUACUGAAAGAUUUUUUGAAAAUCUCCCUUAAUAAAGCAAAUAUUUAAUAUUUAGUGUGUGGUUUUAAGGAUCUUAGCAUGAAUAAAGUCUGAUGGCUCAUUCUGACAUGUUAAACAUGCACAUAUUUCAUUUAUUCACUGUACUGAGCACCAGUUUACAGCCCUCGAUCAGCACUCUGCUUGGCCUGUGUUUAGAUAUGUGGCCCUUGAUGAAAAAAGUUUGGACACCCCUGGAUUAAUACCUCAGGACCAGCUCCAGAUCUACAAUCGUAGGUCGCAAGAAGAGCAAACCUGUUUGAAUCCAGUCCCUUGUCCUGAAGGUUUCACAGUGUCGAAGUCGUUCGUACAGUGUGAGAACAUGAAUCGUGAGCUGUGAACUUUUAAAUCUUGAGAUUUGGUCGUACAGUUUGAGUUGGGGCUGAGUAAAACCAUCAGAAACAUCACACAGUGUAUGCCCGGUAUUCAUGUUCCUUCAGAUUCUUGGAUAUUUUCAAAGUAGAUUACAUUUUUAUUGCAUAAUUUUUAUUCCAAAUACCAAAUCUUAUGUUAAAAUAAUUAACAUAAACUAACCUAGUCUAAUCUUGGUUGUACGUUUGAGUGUAUAAUACAAUUAAAAACCACACAUACUUUUAUUACAUCACCACUUUUAAUUUGACAAAUGCAUACAUUCAAAGUUUGCUGCGAAAAGAUCACAUUUGAAAUCCUGUACUCCGUUUCUGUAACUUUAUUUUGUAUUUUAAUUUUUUUUUUUACUCUUCAACUUGAGCACUUUUCUCUUUGUAUUACUUUUUUUUUUAAAUCAAUAAUCUUCCAUUUGAAUAAGUUUGUAAUGUUUUUGUUGUGAUCGUAAUCCGAGCCAGUGAUCAAAACGGCCGCGUCGCAUUUCUCUUUCCUCACUUUUUUCUCCUUGAUUCCACAUUUUAAUCCUCCAUUUUUCAGCUGUCAUAUUAAGCGUUGUCCUUAAAAAAAAUGACAGAAUGGAGGAGUAAACGUGACCGAGGCUUCAGGAGCAAACAUCAGAGAAAAGAAUCAAACUUUAUCGGUGUCAGUGAGGAGUUUAGAUCAUCUCUCCUCGCUUUGUCUCCUCUUCCUCAACUCUUCCUGCAGAAUCGAGGAGAGGAAUCGAGGAGAAAAAAGGAAGCGAGGAAAGAGAAAUGAGACGUGGCCUGUGAGUUGUGUUUUAAUCAAGGAAAAGAACUGUUUGUCGUCUGUGUUCUUGCGUUGCUUUACAUUGUGUGGUGUGUACUCUGAACACCAGGUGGCGGUGUUGUUUUACAUAUGAUCUGCCAAAGCCUCUGUAUGCAAACUUUGUAUUAAAAUAAAGAUAAUAAUAAAUGUUUUGUUUUUCGAGA